AUGUCGACCCUACUGCGGAGGGUUAGGUCAACUAUUGCUGUCUUCGACCCGCUUCAAAAUAAUCAACCUCAAGGUGCAUUGGAUCCGGUCGACCGUCCAAGCAAGCCAGCAAAGCGACACCGACUGCGAAAAUCUUCUCAGCGCCACCGCUCCAAUCCGAACCUGCUUGACGCGAGUCUCAAUAAGAGCACUGUGACAUUGCGCCAGACCCAGCAGCAACACCCUGACCGCGGGCCUCUCACCGAGUUUCGACGCCGACUUGCGCGAAAGGCCUCGACCUUCAGUUUGAGAAGUAGACGGCGACAGGGAGAGCGUGAACAGGACCAAACGAUCAAGGCAGAAGAGAAGCUUAGGGAACUAGCACUGGUGGGAAGCGAAAAAGGAAACACUAAGUCGCAGGGACAUCGAGAAAGCACAGCCCAGGAGACCAGACCUGAAGCCGAAGAGCAAGCGUGCAGACCUGCAGGGGACCAGCCCAACGAGCAGCCAUACACAAGAGAGUCCUCGGUGACAACAGUUGCUCCGUGCGACCCUGCUACGACUCUCUGUGUCAGCGAACAGCUGUCGCUCUUCAAAGCGGACUCGCCACCCAAACCCUCGGUUGCAUUGAAGCAUCUCAUCUGCAAGACCCAAGAUACAUACAUCACCAAAUACGUGGCAGGAGGGAAGAUCGCAGUCAGGAAAAUGGCAUCGGAACAAGCUCCCCCUCCCGUGCCCUAUACCCGUCUCAAGGAGAUCACAGAAAAUGCAUGCGAAGCCGCCCUUUCAGGGGUAACGUCUUACUCCCACCCGGACACUGAACGAUGGAACACGAUGAUAAUCAACAGCAUCCUGGGCGCCCUCGUGGAAGAGACCACGGUAAAGGCCACUCCUGGAUCGUCGGCCUCCAGCCAACCACAGUACAAAUACGUGGUGAACAGCACAAUCAUCCAGCACGCGGUCUCCUCCCCGGCUUCGGCGGGCGACGAUGCAAAGAAAACGAGUGGUCGUCGAGGCAUGCACGCGGCAAGUGGAGCUUACUGGAACAACGAAAAGGAUGGCAUGUGGAGCUUCAAGUACCCUGGCGCCGAUAGCAAGGGCUUGGAUGUGGUCGUCGGCAUCAUCUGGGUCUGGGUAGGGUAAAGGUACCCUCUCGUCUGCUUUUGUCUGAGGAACAGCAAAGCGGGUGAGAGCGCCAUGCAGCAUUCCUUGAUUCGGAGGACCUUCGGACCCGUGAUAGGGACUUUCAUUGGCCGAGCAAUGAGCAGCAAAGCUCAUGGUUUCUGGAAAUUACCAAGUUCACUGGGAUCAAGACUCGGGGGGAUGCGUUAGGCGUGCCGGGUCCUUUUUAUGUCAAGCAAAUGAAGGUUGCCUUCCCACGCAGUCGUCUUAUGAGUUGUUGGUUUGGGUGGCCGCCGUGUGGGAUUGGGCGUUGGAAUGGGACAGCGGUGCGGGAAUUUCUUCACUUUGGUGUCAAAGGGAAAAACGUGCUUGCCAUGCAGUCAAAGUCCAAUGAGCAGUCGGUGCGGACGAUGACUCGUAGAUGGAUCAACAUGUCCUUUGCUGGACCGUUGACAGAAACGGCCCCCGUGUACCUACCUAAGUGUUUUCCACUUUAAAAGAUGAAUGAUUGAUGGAGAAAUUUCCCUCACGGCACAUCAAUGCCCCUCGGCUUGGGUCUGUUUGUGGGUUCUUGG